UUUAAGAUUUUAGAUUGUACAGGAAGCUUAAAAUUUUCUUUAAUGAAUUUUUCAAUUGACUAAAUUGUCCUCAUCUAAUUUGAAUAUUCCUUUUUUACCAAUUAAAAUUCAUCUUUCUAUUUUUAAUUUUAAACUUCUCCUAACAAAAAUCUUGCACACUCUUGCCAGGCAUCCAUCUCCUUCCAUUUGUUAUUAUAUUCUUCAUCACAAAGUCAAUCACAGCUCCAAAAUCUUAAGAUGGAGAAUGAAAAAAACAGUUGUACUAAGAGUGACAUACCACGAGGUAAAACAAUAUAGAAUUCUGAGAGUUUGAAUUUUUUCUUAGAAUUCUGUAUGAAAGAGGUUGAUGAUGGACAUCGUCCUACUACUUAUUUAGAUAAAAUUGGAUAUCUAAACUUGAUUACAAAUAUGAAGAAAGCAACUGAAAGAGAUUACACUAAACAACAGCUGAAAAAUAAGUGGGAUGGAUUAAAAAAUGAAUGGAAGCUUUGGAAACAACUCAAGGGAAAAGAAAUUGGUUUAGGAUGGAAUAAACAAAAGAAUACAAUUGAUGCAACUGAAGAUUGGUGGAAUAGUAAAUUACAGAGUCAUCCCGAUGCUGCAAAGUUUCGCAUUCGGGAAAUUGAACCAGAGGUAGAGGAAAAAUUAGAUAGGAUUUUCAUGAACACUGUUGCUAGAGGGGAGUAUGCUUGGACACCUUUUUCUGGAAUAAUUCUAUCUGAGUCUAAAAAGCCUUUUAACGAUAUUGAAACCUUACAUACACAACUUGAGAGUAGUGAUGAUGAUCUAGAGACGCCUAAUAUUGAUGGAUUUCCUAAAGAAAAUAAUAAUAAUAGAUCAACCGAGCCACUUGAGAAACAAAAUAAAAAAGGAAAAUGAAGAAGACAGGGCCUGUAGUGAUAUUUGAACAAAUUGGUCGCCUUGUGGAUGCCGUAGAGACAAGAAGUAGAAAUAUUGAAAUAGUUAGAAAGGAGAAUAGUAUUGGCGAAGUUAUGAAAAUGUUAAUUCUUUGCAUAGAAUUGAGAAAUGGAGCAACUUGUAUUUAUUUGCAACUCGCUUGUUUAUCAUAAAAGAGAAGAGAGGGAUGUUUCCUUCAUUGGAAGAACCAGAGUUGAUGCUUACUUGGCUAAGAAUGAGCAUACUCUUUAAUAAUUAUAUUGCUUAAAUGGCUCAUGAUAGUAGUAUUUAUUUUUUAAACUUUGUGUUGACUUUAAUAUAUGUUUGUUAUGUUAUAUUUUUACUUUGUAUUUGCUCUUAAAACUUUUUUCUUGAUUAAAAAUUGCUCUCAAAACUUAGUGUUAUCA